AUGAAAGAGGAUAAUCCUCAACGCCCGAACUACAAGGCUGGCCUGGCUGGUGCUGGCGGCGAUACAUCGCCCAAGCGGAGUGCCUGGACAUUUGUGGGCUCUCAUGAUAUAGAAGCUGGAUCUUUCAAUGGAGAACCGGAGCUGAAGAUCUUCCCUGAUUUCAAAGAGAGAUUAUGCAUUCCGUGGAAGAAGACGCUAGUUCUCCGUCUUUUGGGUCGAUCAGUCUUUACACCUAUAUGUGCUCCCAACUUAGGUGGAAAUGGAGACCACCGGGCAAUCUGGAUAUCAUGGAUCUAA